UUGUGGAUGAAUUAUGCCUAAGCUCCACUAAAUAGAAAUGUCGCUCGCUAAAAAAAGUCAGGUCUGAAAAUCAUCGCUAAAGUCACUACGCUCAGUAUUCACAACGCUCAGUAACCACUAAGCUCAGUAAUCACUACGUAACUAUGAACGGGCAGACUAUAGAUCUUGAAAAGAUCAAAAACAGUUCCGAUGGGACGGUUCGCGGGAUGGUUUCCGCCGGGAUCAAUGAAGUAAUGGUUAAUAAUCCAUACUUUGCAGCUGGUGGAGGACUCAUGCUUUUAGGUACAGCAUUAGCAUUAGGAAGACAAGGAGUUGUUAAAAGUUCUGGAUUCAUUUAUCGACAAUUGUUAGUUGAUUUAGAAAUCCCCUCUAAGGAUAAAUCAUAUCUUUGGUUCUUGGAAUGGAUGUCUCAGUAUAAGCAUCGAUCUUCAAGACAUUUAUCAGUUGAAACAAAUUAUCUUCAACAUGAUAAUGGUGCAGUAACUACUAAAUUUAGUUUAGUACCUGGUCCUGGUAAACAUUUCAUAAAGUAUCGUGGAGCCUAUAUGAUGGUUAAUCGUGAACGUUCAGGUAGAUUGUUAGAUAUGACUAGUGGUGCACCCUUUGAAACAGUUACAUUAACUACUUUAUAUAGAGAUCGUCAUUUAUUUAGUGAUAUGUUAGCAGAAGCUAAAAAGUUGGCCCUUAAAGCUCGUGAAGGUAAAACUGUAAUUUAUACUUCAUGGGGUCCUGAAUGGAGACCCUUUGGUCAACCUCGUAAGAAACGAGUUAUAGGAUCGGUUAUCUUGGAUAAAGGUGUAUCCCAAACAAUAGUUAAUGAUGUUAAAGAUUUCUUAAGUAGUGGUGAAUGGUACCAUACUCGAGGAAUUCCGUAUAGAAGAGGUUACCUUUUAUAUGGACCUCCAGGUAGUGGUAAAACAUCAUUUAUACAAGCACUUGCGGGAGAAUUGGAUUACAAUAUAUGUAUAUUGAAUUUAUCAGAAGCCAAUCUCACGGAUGAUAGACUUAAUCAUUUAAUGAAUCAUAUUCCUGAACGAUCAAUUCUUUUAUUAGAAGAUAUUGAUGCUGCAUUCAAUAAAAGAGCUCAGAGUGAUGAAAAGGGGUAUACAUCAGGAGUUACCUUCUCCGGGCUCUUGAAUGCCUUGGAUGGAGUAGCGAGUGCUGAAGAAUGUAUUACAUUCAUGACGACAAAUCAUCCUGAGAAAUUGGAUCCGGCCUUAUUACGUCCAGGAAGAGUCGACUUUAAGGUAUUGAUUGAUAACGCCACUGAUCAUCAAGUCAAAGAGAUGUUCUUAAGAUUCUACGGUGAUGAGCCUGAACUUUGUAACGAGUUCAUGGCCAAAUUUAAAAAGUUACAGUUGACCCAUGUCAGUACCGCACAACUACAGGGAUUAUUUGUAUAUAACAAGCGCGAUCCUCAUCAAGCUAUCAGUAUGAUAGAGACAUUGAGAAAUCCAAAUAGUGUAUUUUAA